AUGGCCGAGGGCGGCGGGGGCGCGCGGAGGAAGGCGCCGGCGCUGCUCGAGGCGGCCCGCGCGCGCUACGAGAGCCUGCACAUCUCGGACGACGUGUUCGGCGAGUCGGGCCCGGACAGCGGCGGGAACCCCUUCUACAGCACCUCGGCCGCCUCGCGGUCCUCUUCGGCCGCCUCCUCCGACGAUGAACGCGAGCGCCCCGGGCCCCCGCGGGGUGCGGCCGUUCCGCGUGCCCCGGACGCCCAGGAGCCCGAGGAGGACGAGGCCAGCGCGGGCUGGAGCGCCACGCUGCGAGACCGCCCGCCCCCGCGCUUCGAGGACACGGGAGGGCCAACCCGAAAGAUGCCCCCCAGCGCCAGCGCCAUGGAUUUCUUCCAGCUCUUUGUCCCGGACAACGUCCUCAAGAACAUGGUGGUGCAGACAAACAUGUACGCCAAGAAGUUCCAGGAGCGCUUCGGCAGCGACGGCGCCUGGGUGGAGGUGACGCUCACGGAGAUGAAGGCGUUCCUGGGGUACAUGAUCUCCACCAGCAUUUCCCACUGCGAGUCUGUCCUCAGCAUCUGGAGCAGCGGCUUCUACAGCAACAGGAGCCUCGCCCUGGUCAUGAGCCAGGCCCGCUUCGAGAAGAUCCUCAAGUACUUCCACGUCGUGGCCUUCCGCUCCAGCCAGACCACGCACGGCCUCUACAAGGUCCAGCCCUUCCUCGACUCCCUGCAGAACGGCUUUGACUCCGCGUUCAGGCCUUCCCAAACCCAGGUGCUACAUGAACCCCUGAUUGACGAGGACCCCGUGUUCAUUGCCACGUGCACGGAGCGGGAACUUCGAAAGAGGAAAAAGCGGAAAUUCAGCCUCUGGGUCAGGCAGUGUUCUUCCACUGGCUUCAUCAUCCAGAUCUACGUCCACCUGAAGGAAGGUGGGGACCCCGACGGGCUGGACGCACUGAAGAACAAGCCCCAGCUCCACAGCAUGGUGGCGCGGAGCCUGUGCCGGAACGCAGCGGGCAAGAACUACAUCAUCUUCACCGGGCCCAGCAUCACCAGCCUGACCCUGUUUGAAGAGUUUGAGAAGCAAGGGAUUUACUGCUGCGGCCUCCUGAGCUCCAGGAAGAGUGACUGCACAGGCCUGCCGCUGUCCAUGCUGACCAACCCGGCCACCCCCCCAGCGCGGGGCCAGCACCGGAUCAAGAUGAAGGGGAACAUGUCUCUGAUCUGCUGGUACAACAAAGGACACUUCCGCUUCCUGACCAAUGCCUACUCGCCCGUACAGCAAGGCGUGAUCAUCAAGAGGAAGAAUGUGGAGAUUCCCUGCCCUUUGGCCGUGGAGGCGUUCGCUGCCCACCUUAGCUACAUCUGCAAAUAUGACGACAAGUACAGCAAGUAUUUCAUUUCUCAUAAACCAAACAAGACGUGGCAACAGGUGUUCUGGUUUGCCAUCAGCAUCGCCAUCAACAACGCCUACAUCCUGUAUAAGAUGUCGGAUGCCUACCACGUGAAGAGGUACAGCCGGGCACAGUUUGGUGAGAGACUUGUGCGGGAGCUUCUGGGGCUGGAGGACACCUCCCCGACCCACUGAUGCCACGGGCAUGGGCCCCGGGCUUGGUAAGGACGAGGUGGAGGGAGAGGUUAGAGGGGGAAGAGAGCCUGCCGUCUGGCCUGCCCCGCCAGCGACCCGGAGCCACCCUGGGGUGUGGCUGAAGCCUGGGAGGGAGGCUUCAGGACUCUGGAGGGCUGAGGAGAGACCUGGUCAGAGGACGACGGCUAUCCUGGCUUCUACUCAAAGAAGAGCACGUCUUCCCUCCGGCCAGGCCGCCCAGCCGCCCACCUCGUGAUGACCCUCUGCAGGGGCAGGGCCACAGACCAGACUCCUCCACGCACCGUCCAGUGCUGCUCUCCGUCCUCAUGACACCCCAGCGAGCCUGCAGGGGAGCUCUCCUCUUAGCACAGGGGGCCUGGGAAGGCUGUGAAAACCAAAGGCACCAGGGAUAGGACGAGCCCUGUAGCAUGAUUUACUAGGAACGCCUGCUCGGUAGGUGUGAAGACAUUUGCGAUGUGGCUCCAUCUCAUGCCACGUCUAAAGGUGACGGGAGGAGCAAGGAUGGGCUCUGCGUGCGGAGACGUCCAGCGUGCUUAGAGCAGGUCUCAAAGAAGACACACAAACUGGGGUGCCAUGAAAACACAGUGAUGAAAUGGGACAUGGUGGCCUGUUCUGGCCAGUAAACUGGGCCCUCCUGCUCGUCUCAUCUAUUCAGCUGCUGGAGGGGGUGGGGUGGGGGAGGGAAACUGCCAACAGAAUCGCAGUGAAGUGUGAUGCUAUUUUUUAUUUUUAAAUAUAUCUUCAGGUUAUUUUCUUACUGUUGCUUAAGAUCUUCUGUAAAAGGAAAAUGUCCCACUUCUUUUCUGCCCCGCCACCCUCCCGCCUCACCCCACUCCCGGCUCCUUUGCAUGAUCACGGUUCUGUGCCUGUGCCCUGCCCACGCUGGGGUCAGAGGGCAGCUUGCUUCCAGAUCAGCGUGGUUGCUCUCCAUCAAGGCCCACGGGGGGCUGCGGCCCUGAGCUUUGUCACAGUUGUUAUCACUGGCAGAAUUACUUGCUUUGAAAAGUAGGUGGCUUGGCUGAAGGGAGCAGCCACGGGUCUCUCCAGGUGAGCCCUGGCUGCAUCUCUUCACUCGUGUCUGGGAAGCUGGCGGGGUUUGCUGGUCUCACACCCACCCUACCCACCCCCCAGGAAUGGCGUGGCCGGCAGUGGCAAGCCCCUCGGUGGGACUGCGGUACCUGCUCGGUGGUGUGAUUCCCAUGGGGCUGGGGACUUGCCCACAGAAAGGGCUACACAACCAGCUGCUGGCCACGAGGGCGCCACCUGUUUCCCAAACAUUCUCUUUCCAACCCGCAUUGGCGCGUCUCUGUGGGUGACCUCGGCCAGAGCGGUCAGAUGAUCCGGCUCUCCUCACAGAUGAGAAACAAGUAAUUUCUGGAGUGACACCAUCCCCCUCCCCCCACUUUAUGUAGCCCCCAGAUUUUCACAAAUGCAAAAUCUAUUCUACUCAGGCUUUGGGACUUUUUUCCUCGUUCACACUCAGUUAACGGAAAGCAUGCUCCCCCCGCGCUCCAUGUCCCCCCCCGCACACUAGGUCACGGUGACUCCCCUCACCCUGUGGUUUUAACUCGACGCCACGGAUUGUAGGUCAAAUUUUAGAUUGUUUCACACACCUUUGCCGUGUCCUUUGACUGGAUUGAAAGCACUUUUACCACAUGGAGAAAUAUAUUUUUAAUUUGUGAUGCUUUUCUACAAGGUCCACUAUUUCUGAGUUUGAUGUGUUUCCAACACUUAGGGAGACUCUCAUGAAAGCUGAUGAAUUUUCUUUUUUGUCCAAAUAAGUCAAAGAAAAAAAAUAAAAGUCUAUUUAGAUGUUGAUUCUUUGUGAACAUGUGAGUUUGUUUCAAAGGUUGGGGACAAAAAUCU